AUGGCGCUGCUUCGAUAUCGGCUCACCUCUAUCCACCGGUUUCCUAUAAAAAACCCCAAGCCGCAACAAACAGACCAAAACUAUAACAUCGCAUGGUCUCAAAAAGGAUGGCAAAACAAAAUCUAUCGUAUACUCAUUCUACUCGGCGACAGAAGCGACCUACUAUCGGCGCUCCCUCUCUUGUUCUUUGCGCUAGGGAACACGUUCCAAAACCGCAGCGUCUCAUCACCCGCGCCUGUCACAAUAGUCUCGCCACUUGGCGACAUUGCCAAGUAA